AUGGAGGUGGCGCUGGAGACGCGGUGCACCUUCACGGUGUUCAAUCGGCACAGAUCGGGCCAGCAGGUCACGAUGCGGGAGACGGUCGACCGGCUCGUUAAAGGCGUCCAGCGGCGACGGGAGAUCGGGCGGCCCAGCGGGGUGGUGCUGAUCAGCGGUCAGUUCCUGGCGCAGCUGCCAGAGAUGGCGGUGCUGAAGGCAGAGAUCUUGGAGAUCUGUGGGGACGCCGCGCUCGAUGACUCAGUAGGACGGAGGACAUCGACCAUGCCGCUGGCGCUGGAAGAGGUCGAGGGGCAGCUGCGGGACGAGGGCGCCAAGACGCUCUUCGCCCACCUCCCGCGCGCGGCGCAGAUGUCGUUGAUCCGGGAGAGGGACUCCUCGGGCAUGCCCGCGCUGCCCGAGGUGGAGGUGGAGCGGAUCCUGGGCCGCUUCGUGCAGAAGGAGGUGGAGGAGGACAGCAGGGGCGCCGCCAGCCCGCAACACACCUUUGCACCGCGCUUCCACGCCGUGGAGCUCAUGUGCAACGCCCCGCUGCCGUCCAACUUCGACUGCGCGUUCGGGUACACCCUUGGGCACACCGCGGCGGCCCUGCUCUGUGAGCGUCGAACCUUCCACCUCGCCUCCUGCAUCGACAUGCACCUCCCCGUGGCGGAGUGGAAGCCGUGCGCAUUGCCGUUCACGGCCAUCUUCGGAGGCGGUGACGGCGACGUGAGCUGCAGGACUCUGCAGAGGCUGCAGAGGCGUAACAUCCCACUUGCCUACGAGUUCUUCAAGGAUAGGUGGGUGGAGCGCAAUGCUGUGAAGGCCCCCGGCCCGGUGCAGUUCGGCGACGACGGCGAUGUGGGGCCCAUGUCCGACCGUCCGUACGCGCUCCUGGCGGAGUACUUGUCCCUGGACGAACUGAAGCAGCUCAUUCAUCCAGACUUCGCGCUGCCACCGCCGCCAGAGCUCGUCAUCAGCCCCGACCACCCGCGGGUGGUGCGCGACAUGCGCUUGCACAGGAACCUCAGCGCCCUGGAGCAAGCUCGGGUGGGCUACCAGCCCGCGCUGCCCAGCUACCUGCGGGGCGGGGUGCUCGCACAGAACGAGGACAUCACCCCGCAGGCCUGCACUAACUGGCAGGACCUGGACGCCACGUUCCCGCUGACAAAGGCGGGCAAGACGGCCGUGCGCCUGCUGCCCUUCCACCAGGCGCCGGCGGAGAAGGCCUCCGCCAGCGCACCCCGCGCGCACUCCGGCGCCGACGUCCCCGAGUCGGGCCCCCGCGUGCCCCGGCUCCGAGCCGACAGCGUCUUGGGAGGCGUCGACAGUCUGGUGCUGAGCAGCCCGCGCCAGAAGCGCGAGAGGCCCGCGCGCGUGGGGGUCGUGUUCAGCAGCAGCCAGGCCCCCGGCUUCCACACCGUGGUUGCCGGGCUGUACGACUACUUCGCUGGUCUGGAUCCUCCCAGCGAGCUUAUAGGGUUUCUCGGGGGCUACGCUGGGCUGAUCGAGGGCCACAGCAUCCCCAUCUCUAAGGACAUGGUCGACGCCUACAGGAACCUCGGCGGUCAGGAUAUGCUGUGCCAGUUCGGCGAGCCCGCCUCUGUCCAUACCAAGGACCACCUACUCGCCGUGACCGAGACGGUGGCACAGCUCCAGCUCACCGGCCUCGUGCUGGUGGGCACGCUCACCUCGCAUCUGGACUCCACGCUCAUCGACGAAGCCCUCGCCGCGAAACACCUCGGCACCAGGGUCGUUGGGGUGCCGGCCUCGCUCGACAACGACUUUCCCUUCGUCCAGCAGGCGGUCGGGUACGACACGACGGCCCGCACCCUGAGCGGCUUCCUCGGGGAUGUUGGGAAGCUCACCGAGCACACGGGCGACCAGUGGAUCUUCGUCAGGAUCGUGGGCGACGCGGCCGCCCACUUGGCCGUGGAGUGCACGCUGCAGGCCCACCCGAACCUGGUGAUGCUGUCUGGCGGGAACUCGCUCGGGGAGCACCUCGAGUCGAUCGUGAAGUACAUCUGCGAUCUGAUCGUCAGCCGCCACAAGGAGGGCAAGAACCACGGCGUGCUGCUGCUGCCCUCGGGCUUCGUGCUGGACAUCCUGGAAAUGCGUCAGCUGUUCCGCGAGAUCAUGGAGAUUAUGGAAGGGGACAGCUACGAGACCGGCUGGUCUGCGAUCAGCUACAUCGCCGCCAAGCUGAAGCCCAGCUCGGCUGCCUUAUUCGAGGUCUUCCCGCGCGAUGUGCAGUACGAGAUCUGUUUCGGCAGCCGCGAGCGGGACUCCAGGAUGAUGCCGAAUCUCAAGAGGAUCUCCUUCGACCGCCUGCUGCUGCGCUUCGUGCAGAUCGAGCUGGGCCGCCGGCGGCGGCUCGGGCACUUCGUGGAGGACUUCUUCCGGGGCUCGUGCUACCCGAUGCUCCACCAGGCUCGCUCGGCCAUGCCGACAAACUUCGACUGCGACCUCGCCUACACGCUGGGCUGGGGCGCCGCGAUGCUCGUCGACCUCGGCAAGGGCGGCCAGCUGGUGCACGCGUCCCACCUGGAGGAGGACGUCGAACAGUGGCGCGUGGGAGGCAUCCCCCUGACCAGCCUGCUGAGGGUCGAGAUCGACGAGGAGACGGGCGAGACGUCGCCGUCGCCGUCGCCGAUACAGCUGCUGAAGCAGCGGGGCGUGACGCGCCCGUUCGCAGGGAUCCGAGCGCCGAGAGACCGUGUGGCCAUCUACCUUGGCCCAGUUCAGUUCUCUGGCAGUGUCGCCGCGUCCGCCGACUCGAGGCGGACGUGGGCCAUGGUCAACUUCCCGCUGCAGGACCCCGUUGAGAAGCUCCGGGAGAUAGCGGGCCUGUGCUCUGAGCUGCAGAGCACCAUGGCUUUGGCCAAGGCCGAGUCGACGCUGUACGCGGUCAACAGCUUGCUCACGAACGCGGUGUCGGUGCUCGACUCGUACAAGACCCUGAGCGAGGCCAACAGCAGACAGAAGCAGUCCCUCGCCGACAUCCCCAUGGAGACGAGGUCGCAGAAGAAGGGCAAGGACAAGUCAGCUCAGGUCACGAGCACGCUCUCGCUGGACCCACACAGAGGAGGCCGCAGCCCCGUGAUGAAGGCUCUCCGCGGCCCCGUGCAGCCGCCAGGAGGCGCAGCGCGGAGCGGGGCGACCGAACGGACACGGUUGCCGCCAGCGGGCUGCGCAGGUGGUCGCCGCGCGUGGGGCUCCCCGACGGCCUCGGCGCCCGCGCGCUCCGCCCCCUGGACGCCGCGCGGUCCCCCGGCGGGCAGCGCCGGGGGGCCGCGGCGGGCAGCGCGUCCGGCGCCCUCGCUAUGAGUGCGCCGGGGCGGGCUGGCAGCGGCUCGCCGCCACCGCUGGUUUUGUCUCCGCGC